CCCCUGCGCUGCACGGACCGCGGCCACAGCCGGACAGGCGGGCACUGCGGCGACAGACGGAUUGGCGGACAGUCCCAGCCCGCGGAGUAGCCCCGGCCUCGAGGCCCUGGCGUCCGCGUCCGCUCGGCCGGGAGCCUGGGCAGGUGCCGCGCGGGAGGCGCUCCGGGGACCGCGCUGAGUCCGCAGACGCCGCCCGCCGGGUCCCACUGACCGCCGAGCCCAGGACCCCGCUCGCCGUCGGGGCGUCCCCGGGCCCAGGGGCUGCCGCGGAGCCGAUGCGCGCCCGCUGAGCACCCCCGGCCCACCAUGGCCGCGCGCCCCCGCCCGCUCUGGCUCUUGGGCCUGGCGCUGUGCGCGCUGAGCGGGGGCGGCCCCGGCCCACGACUCCCUCCCGGCUGUCCCCAGCGGCGUCUGGGCGCCCGCGAGCGCCGGGACGUUCAGCGCGAGAUCCUGGCUGUGCUCGGGCUGCCCGGGCGGCCCCGGCCCCGCGCGCCACCCGCCGCUUCCCGGCUGCCGGCGUCCGCGCCGCUCUUCAUGCUGGACCUGUACCACGCCAUGGCCAGCGACGACGACGAGGACGGCGCGCCCCCGGAGCGGCGCCUGGGCCGCGCCGACCUGGUCAUGAGCUUCGUCAACAUGGUGGAGCGAGACCGUGCCCUGGGCCACCAAGAGCCCCACUGGAAGGAGUUCCACUUUGACCUGACCCAGAUCCCGGCUGGGGAGGCCGUGACGGCCGCGGAGUUCCGGAUUUACAAGGUGCCCAGCACCCACCUGCUCAACAGCACCCUCCACGUCACCAUGUUCCAGGUGGUCCAGGAGCAGUUCAACAGGGAGUCUGACUUGUUCUUUUUGGAUCUUCAGACGCUUGGAGCUGGGGCUGAGGGCUGGCUGGUGCUGGACAUCACAGCGGCCAGUGACCACUGGUUGCUGAAGCAUCACAAGGACCUGGGACUCCGCCUCUACGUGGAGACUGAGGAUGGGCACAGCGUGGAUCCUGGCCUGGCCGGCCUGCUGGGCCAACAGGCCCCGCGCUCCCGACAGCCUUUCGUGGUCACUUUCUUCAGGGCCAGUCAGAAUCCCGUCCGCACCCCUCGGGCAGUGAGGCCACUGAGGAGGAGGCAGCCGAAGAAAACCAAUGAGCUGCCGCAGGACAGCCGGCUCCCGGGCAUCUUUGAUGAUGUCCACGGCUCUCACGGCCAGCAGGUCUGCCGUCGGCACGAGCUCUACGUCAGCUUCCAGGACCUCGGCUGGCUGGACUGGAUCAUCGCCCCGCAAGGCUACUCAGCCUAUUACUGUGAGGGGGAGUGCUCCUUCCCACUGGGUUCCUGCAUGAACGCCACCAACCACGCCAUCCUGCAGUCCCUGGUGCACCUGAUGAAGCCAGACGCAGUCCCCAAGGCGUGCUGUGCGCCCACCAAGCUGAGCGCCACCUCCGUGCUCUACUAUGACAGCAGCAACAACGUCAUCCUGCGCAAGAAGCGCAACAUGGUGGUCAAGGCCUGCGGCUGCCACUGAGCCCAGCCCGCCCAGCCCUUCUCAUCGGAUAGGGCCCCUCGGAAGCAGGAAACCCUUCAAUGCUGUCACGGCUCAAGCAGGAGUGUCAGAGGCCCUCACUUUCUGUGCCUACUUUCUGUCAGGCUUCUGGUCCUUUCGGGGUCCCUCUGUGCCUCUCCCCUGGGGUUUGUGGCUGUCACCCUGCCUGACACUUUGGUGGCCUAAGGUACACAGCAAUCUUGGAGCCUGUGCUGACUGUACUGUCUGGAGUCAGCACAGAAGUCCUAUCUUAGGACCGGCCAGACUGGCCAGCCCUGGAUGGUCUGAGGUUGGCUGACGCGAGCUUUGCACCAUCAUCUACCACAGGGUUUUGGGGUGGGGAGCAGGGCUCUGCCCCUUCCCAGAGACAACACCUGGGCAUUUCUGGGCAUAAUUGGGCAUGCACAUGUUCUCAGUACAGUGUGUUCUUGGAUUUUUCUAAUUUGGUCCAGGCUGCAGUUAACAUAUUAGAAAAAGAGUAAGCUAGAGGUCCUCAUGAAGCCACCACCAUGGAUUUUUUUUAUUUUUAUUUUUAUUUUU